AUGGUUUUACUUCUUAUAAGUAAACUUCAAGGAUUCUACUUCAAGUGCACUAAACAUAAAAAAGAUGUUGUGGCUUCAAAUCCAAACUCCCCUGUCACUCCAAUCAUCAGCAAUCCAGGUACACCCCGAUCUGACGGGGAACAACAAGUUAGAGCCACACCUCCUCCGGGCCCCGCCCAACAGAUCCGGUUGUCACAGCAACAGAUGAUAGCACAGCAACACCAGCUCCAUCUACAGCAGCUUUCGCUGGCCAAUCAGUCAAAGUACACCCAACUGCUGUCUGUAAUUGAAGAAAUGGGUCGAGACAUCCGGCCGACAUACGCUGGCAGUAAAACGUCAUCAGAGCGACUCAAGCGUGGCAUUGUACAUGCCAGAAUACUUGUACGCGAGUGUCUAAUGGAAUGCGAGAGAAGUGCCAGAACUUAA